CUCACGAAAAUAAAAUGCCUUAUUGUUAGUUGACAGUCAUUGACAGGUUUGCGAACCGUAUUUUUUAAAAUUUCCACAUAUUUAUUUAAAAAACGGGUUUUUCUUUUUCAAAGUGGAUAAGAAAUUAAAAAAAAAGUGUUUAGAUUCCGGGAGUGUGCCCAGGCAAGAUGUCAGUGAAGAUGACACGAUAUAAGCAGACUGAAUUUGAAGAUGAAGAUAGUAGUAGCAUUGGAUCCAUUGCAUUAAACAGCGAAAGAAUAAGCACUUCAGCGACACAUAUAAGAUAUCAUACUUCAGGUAUUAUGCAGGGAACGACAUUAUGGCGAGCAAGAACAACACUUGAGAGAUUCCUAUUUAUUAUUGUUUCUGGGUUGCUGUUAAUGGUGAUAAUUCUCUCAAUUGUAAUUAGUAGUAAAAGUUCUUGGGUAGAACCGAGGAUUCUUCACAUUGCCUCAACCGAGGAUGGAUCGCAUUGUAUUACUCAACAUUGUGUAACAGUGGCAGCCUCCAUAAUUAAUAGUAUAGACGAUUCUGUUCAUCCUUGUGACGAUUUUUAUGAGUAUGCUUGUGGGGGAUGGGUAAAAAAAAAUCCCAUACCAGAUGGAAAAAGUAUGUGGGGUACUUUUGGGAAAUUGGAACAGGAUAAUCAGUUAGUAGUGAAAAAUGUACUUGAGCGACAGUUGAAUGAAAUGAAAUCCGAAUCUGAAAAGAAGGCAAAGUUGUAUUACUUGUCGUGCAUGGAUGGAAAUGACACGAUAGAAGCUUUGGGGGCGAAGCCUAUGCUGGAGUUAUUAGACGAUGUUGGAGGUUGGAACAUUACAGGGAAAUUCAAUAUUAGCAGUUGGUCUUUGCAGAAGAGCAUGCAUGUAUUGCAAAAUGUGUACAACAUGGGAGGGCUUUUCUCUUGGGCAGUUAAUGAAGAUGACAGAAACAGUAGCAGGCAUAUAAUACAAAUCGAUCAAGGAGGUUUGACCUUACCGACAAUAGACAAUUAUUUGAAUAAGACCGAGCAUGAAAAAGUUUUAGUGGCCUAUCUGGAUUACAUGACAAGGAUUGGAGUGCUUUUAGGGGGCGAAGAAAAUUCCACCAGGAGGCAAAUGCAGGACAUAAUUAGUUUCGAGACUAGAAUUGCUGAGAUAACUACUCCUCAAGAGGACAGAAGAGAUGAUGAGAAAUUGUAUAAUCUUAUGAAGAUUAGCGACCUACAAAAAAUGGCGCCCUUUAUGUCUUGGGUGGAUUAUUUUAAAAACGCAACACUCUUAGUGGGCAAAAAGAUCAACAGCAAGACUAACAUAGUGAAUUAUGCACCCGAGUAUUUCACCAAAUUGAACAAGCUGUUGCAAGAAUACAACAAAACGACUGAAGGAAAAGUAACUCUGAACAACUACCUCAUCUGGCAGACUGUCAGGUCCUUGACAGCCUGUCUUUCAAAACCUUUUCGAGAUGCAUAUAAGGGUUUGAGAAAGGCUCUGAUUGGUUCUGAGGGGAGAGAAGAACAAUGGAGAUAUUGCGUCAGUGAUGCCAAUAACGUCAUGGGAUUUGCUAUUGGUGCCAUGUUUGUCAGAGAAGUCUUCCAUGGAAAAAGUAAACCAAUGGCUGAGAUGAUGAUAAACGAGAUUCGACGAGCCUUUACGAAGAAUUUGAAGAAUCUAGAUUGGAUGGAUGCAGAAACGAGGAAAUCAGCUGAAGAAAAAGCAAAUGCUAUCACUGAUAUGAUAGGCUUUCCAAAUUUCAUUUUAAAUCCAAAAGAGUUAGACGAGCGUUAUCGCAAUUUGGUGAUUAAGGAGAACGAGUAUUUCUUGAAUAAUAUCAGAGUCAACAAGUACAAUUUGAGAAAAAGUUUAGAAAAACUGGAUCAGCCAGUGAAUAAAACGACCUGGAUUAUGACACCCCCUACUGUAAAUGCUUAUUAUACUCCAACAAAAAAUCAAAUAGUUUUUCCUGCGGGAAUUUUACAGAGUCCAUUUUAUGAUAUGGAAAAUCCAAAUAGUCUUAAUUUUGGAGGGAUGGGGGUUGUCAUGGGUCAUGAACUCACUCAUGCUUUCGAUGAUCAAGGCAGGGAAUAUGAUUUGCAUGGAAAUCUGCAUCAGUGGUGGAAUAAUGCAACAAUUGCAAAAUUCAAAAAUAGAACAGAAUGCUUUGUUGAACAGUACGGCGAUUUUGAAAUUGAUGGCCGACAUGUGAAUGGGAGACAAACAUUAGGUGAAAAUAUAGCAGACAAUGGCGGCCUAAAAGCAGCUUACCAUGCAUAUAUAACUACUCCAAAAAGCUACAAGGACCAGAUGCCACUACCUGGCCUUAAUAUGACGCAUCGUCAAUUAUUUUUCCUCAAUUUUGCUCAGGUAUGGUGCUCUGCAGUAACGUCCGAGGCAAUUGGCCUCCAAAUCGAGAAGGAUUCUCACUGUCCGGCUAAAUUUCGAGUGAUAGGUCCCCUUUCAAACCUUGCAGAAUUCUCCACCGAAUUCAACUGCCCAAAGGGCUCGAAAAUGAACCCCGUUCACAAAUGUGAAGUGUGGUAAUAAAUUUUCCCCAAUUUUUAAAAGCAGACUUUUUUCUCUGAAGAAAAAUCGAGCCAAAAAGGGAUUUUAAAAUGUAUUAAGUCAUUUCCUACAAACAGGAGUUUAAAUCUGAAUUUGACUCAGAUUUUUCGGCCUGUACAAUGGUAUUUGUUAAGAAUGUAGCACCGGUCGUCCACGGUGUAAAAAGAAUGAAAGUGUGCGUGUCAUAUGAUUAUUUUCAAAAAGAGAAGAAAAAAGAAAAAUUGGAAAUUAGAGCUUUUUUAUGAGUGAAUCUCUAAUAUGAAAAGUCCAGGUUGUGUGCCAGCACUUAUUUGUCACAAGGCACUAUAUAAUUUAAGACUACUGCUAUCGAUUAACGUUAAAUGUAAUUUAUUCGUAUUAUUAUAUUAUUACAAGUAAUAUAUCGUAGAAUUUGUAUCCCAUCAAGGUGAAUCUCGUUCUUAUGUUCGUUUCUUCUGGUUCAAAACUAAAAAUUUUCUUAGAAUUCAUUUUUAAAAUAAAAUUUUGUUCUUGAUUUUUGUACAAUCCUGGAGGAUACUAUUAUUUUUCUACACAUUUACAUAAACUGUGAGAACAAUAAUUGUGGGAGUUUUGAAGCUCCCUCACAUUUUUUACUUUUAUAAAUUAUAAUAUUCUGUUGAUGAAUAAUCUCUCAUUUUGUACCUCUAACAACAAAUUUAAAAACCGAUUUUUUAUAUUUAAAACCCGUUUUUUGUAGUGCAUUACACUUGACUUGUUAAACAUUUAAACAAUUAGAAUAAUUUCUAUGCUUAAACUUUUAGAUAUUUAACCGAUAGAACAUUUCAUUCGGUUAAACUUUUAAUCAAUUUUAACGUAUUUUUCUUUUAUUUGAAAAAACUUCAGUUUAAGGCCUGAAAUAUUGCGUAUUCAUACAACAUGAUUUAGCAGUUUUUGGUCAGAAACUAAAAAAACAUUAUUUUCUGAAUAAAAUGUUCAGUUUUCUCAGCUCGUAGUUGUAAAGUAUUGAAAAUGAAAUUUAAUGUUUAUUUCAACUAUUACUCUUUGUUUCACGGAUUAUAAUAAUUCGUAGAGGAGAGUACCUAAAUAUGAGAUACCAACUCUGUUUGGCGUGAUUGUCGGAAUUCUAUGUACUAAAUUUAAAAGUAAUAUAGGUCAUUUUAAAGAAAAUUUAGUUUGCC